AUGGUUUUCCGGACGUUUACGUCGUGCCAAGGAAGUUCCGAGUAUAGUAUCAGCGCGUUCACUGCGCUGGUGGUGUUGCAGUGUCUCUUGUUGUUGCCUAAAUUCGGUGACCCUUACGCGGAGAAUGACGACUCCUGCGAUACGACCGGUUCUUCAACAACGCGUCAAUUGGACAACGAUCAGGAUAUGAUCCCUGCCAAGAAAUUCAGCAGCAACUUUGGUAUCACUGAGAGAGGUUAUUCGCACAGUUAUGGUUUCGUGGGCAUCACUUGCGAAAAACCAUCGUCUAAUGGAUCCUCGCGUGACGUGUCUUCGCACUAUUCUAGAGGUUCGAGUUACCGUUACCGGAUGCCGAAUCGCCACGCGCGUAGCGAGGGAUAUAUACGUGACCUUAAUACUCUGGGUACGAACUGUGGAGGUAGCGUGAGGUCGAAUGAGAACCAAUCCGUCCCUCACGGUAAUCCGGCAGCACCAAACGAAGCGGAUGAUCAAAAGUCUGAGGAGUGUCAGCCUAAAACUUCAACAUGUUCGGUGUGGCUGGGAUCCUUACCCAUCUGCUGGAAUUCACUCUGGAUGCUGCUGUAUCACUUGGUAAUAUUUAUGGGCAUUCACGCAACAUUGCUUGCAUCUCGGAUACAUGGAUCAAUCGCAUUGAAUAAGCAUGCUCUGGAGACGUGCACUCAUCUUCGUGACAAAUUUCCGCUGGGAAUGUGGUCUCCUCGGCUAGGGUACCCUUUGAUAAGCGAGAGCACAUUUUUCCUUACCUAUAUGUCCUGCACGACUUUCGAGCUGAUCACACGCAAGUCUUCUGAUGCGUCUUAUCUGAGCAAUUUUUUUUCUCGACAUUUUUUCAAAGAGCGGCUGUGGAUCGGUAUCGUUAGAAGUUUGUUACAGUUUGUGAUAUUUUUUUAUGCUUUUUUUCUAGAGAUUUCAAGUAUUCUUAACGGUUAUGGUUCUCCGAUGCAGAUUGUGUGUGGUUUUUCUAUGGGCAUGCUAAUGUUAUGGAUAAACGCCCUGCUGACGCAAUUGCUACAGCUAAGCGAUAUGUCAACAUCGACGAUGAACCUUAACUGGUUCUGGUCCCUGCUGAGUCUGCUGAAUUUCUGGAUUUGUAGUGUGUUGUUUUACAUUUCCGUAUACGGGCUACCGCUAACAGCUCCGUAUAUGUACCUCCAGGUUGCUUCCUGGAUACCAUUGCUUCUUCUGACUACCCAGAAGGGGAAACAAAUAUUCAUGUGGCAGGACAUUUCCUACGCCCUCUAUGCAUUCAACUGA